AUGAGGGCCAAACGCUCCAAGAAGUACCGCAAGCUCAUGCACCAGUAUGAGAUGACAUUUGGCUUCCGUGAGCCCUACCAGGUGCUCGUGGACUCGAACUUCCUGCACGCAGUUGACCAAUUCAAGAUGGAUCUACUCCCUGCUCUUGAGCGGACUCUUCAGGGAACACCCAAGCCUCUCCUGACAAAAUGUUCCCUCGCAGCCAUUAUGGCCAAACAACCCAUCAACCCCAGAACCAACACUCCCUACCGCCCUAUGCAUCUCCCCCCACCAACAGUUCUCCCCCUCCGCCACUGCACUCACAACGCAGAGCACACUCCCAUCGAUGAGGUGGAGUGUCUGCUCUCCCUCCUUUCGCCUAAUGCCGAAGUAAAGAAGAACAAAGAGCACUACAUCCUCGCCACAGCCGACCCGCCAGCGGCUAAGAGGAGCGAUAAAGCAGACAACCCGGCGCAGCGUAAGCGCAAGACCGAAGAGGAGCGCGAAGAAGAGCGCGCAAUGCGCCGUUCUCGAGCUUUGCGUUUCGGCGCGCGCUCUAUCCCCGGUGUACCUAUCAUCUACGUCAAGCGCUCGGUCAUGGUUCUCGAGCCGUUGAGUACACCGACAGAGGCAGUGCGUGAUGGUCACGAGAUGGGCAAAUUCCGGGCUGGUUUGGAUGACCCCGAGCUUGGAGCUAAGAGAAAGCAUGACGGAGAGGGUGAAGAUGGUGGUGAGAGGAAGAAGAUUCCUGGAUUGAAGAAGGCCAAGGGACCGAACCCCAUGAGUAUGAAGAAGCCCAAGAAGAGAGUUGAGGGGAAUGCGGGUGGUGCGAAGAAGGAUCGGAUGGAGACCGAAGUCGCCGAGGCUGAUGCAGAGGGCGAAGAAGUUGGCCCUGUUAAGACAAAGCGGAGACGCCGCCACAACAAGAGUGGUGACGCUGAUGUUCCUAUGGCCGAGGCUGAAGUGGACGCAUAA